AUGGGUUUAAAAAAUAUCUACAAAGACGGGAAGCCCUAUCUUAAGAGCAAGAAUUAUGCCGCAAUGGUUCAUCAGGCAACCAAUACUCUCACUGUCCGCGACCGAAAAGACCAUGGUCGCCGCAGACGUGUCAUCCAGCAGGGUUUGUCAGACUCUACCCUUCGCGCCUUCGAGCCUUAUAUGUACGAGAUCAUCAAUCGAUUUUGUGACCGUAUGAUCCAGACCGUCGAAGAAGAACACCAAGCCAGGGAAUGCGGGCAAUCGCACAAUGCUCUUGAGAACCAGAAAUGGAAUACCUCACGAAACAUGUCAGAGUGGUGUAACUACCUAGCGUUCGAUCUCAUGGCUACCUUCAUCUUUAGCGGCAAGUACAAUAUGCUCGAGCGUGAACAGUACCGCUAUGUUGUACAAUGCAUCGAGCAGUCAAACAUUCGCGUCUCUUCGAUCCUUCAAGCACCCAUCCUUAAGGCGUUCCGCAUAGACAAGAUCCUUUUCCCUCGCGCCAUUGUAGCGCGCAAUAUGUUCCUCGGCUUCGUCGGAAAGCUCCUUCGCGACACAAAGAAGAACGACCGCAGCCAGCGCAAGGAUCUAUUUGAGAUGCUGUCACACGCAAAGGACCCCGAGUCUGGCAAUGGCUUCACACCCGAAGAGAUUGUUGCGGAGAGUGUCACCCUUGUUGUCGCCGGUGCCGACACAUCCGCCACGGCCAUGGCAGCCAUCUUCUUCUAUCUCUCUCGCAAUCCCGACGCGUACGCUCGUGCCGCAGCUGAAGUCCGCUCUACAUUCGACUCCGUGGAAGACAUCCAAGGCGGUGCAAAAUUGAACAGUUGUCGCUACCUCCGCGCGUGCAUUGACGAAGCUAUGCGCAUGUCUCCUUCCGUCGGCCAAACACUUGCGCGCGAGGUACCGGUAGGGGGAGCUGUUGUCGACGGCGACUUCAUUCCCGGCGGUUGUGACGUCGGCGUGCCAAUAUACGCCAUCCACCACAAGGAAGACAUCUACUCUGAUCCCUUCAACUACAACCCAGAGCGAUGGAUGGUUGAGAAAGAAGGUGCCAGCCAGCAAGUCUCCGACAUGUAUGCUGCGUACAACCCUUUCUCCGUUGGUCCGCGCUCGUGCAUGGGUAAGGGUGUUGCGCUCGUUGAGAUGAUGGCCACUUUCGCCGUAGUACUGUUCAGAAUGGACUUCAAGAUGGCAGACACGGACACCGCAGGUGGAAAGCCUGGGAGCGUUUAUGGAAGGCAUAGGGCAAGCGAGUAUCAGCUCAGGGAUCACAUCACUUCAGCAAAAGAGGGCCCGAUGUUGAGGUUCAGGCCGAGAAUCGUAAAGCCAGCUGUUGCAUAA